AUGUCGAUCGACCGGCUCCUGACGACGGUGCUGCAGCUGUACCAAGACGUGCACGACGAUGCGCGCACCGAGCAGCUCUUUGGCUCGACGGCAGCUCUCCUUACGAACCUGUCGAACCCGCUGAACGUCUCGCUGCUCACCUCCCAGCUUCUCAUCGCGCCGGCAAUAUGGGGCCGUCGCGACGGCAUGCGCACCUGCUACCGCAUCAUUAGCAUCUUCAACACGGCCGCAAUCCACGUGCGCCGCAACGAGAUCGAGAAUGUGAAGAACAAGGCGUCAUCGCACCAACGAAUUGGUGGCGGACUGGGCAGCGAUGCAUGGGCCACCGCGGUCCUCAAGGGUGCCGAUGACUACUCGGGCCGCUGGCAGCAUCUGCUCGUCUUCAGCGGCGUCCUGAUGGGCAUGGAGGCCGGCCACCGCCGCUCGCUCAGCACCAGCAUGCGCAAGACGGUCGAACGAGCCGUCGUCACGGCAGCGAACCUCGCCCUCCAGUCCAGGGACCUUGCACCGCCCGCCCCGGCCGGCCCCGUGGCCCUGGCUCUCAACUACGCCUUCCCGCUCCUGUCCAAAUCCUCGCACGCCGGCCUGGACUGCGACGCACUCGUUCCCGUUGCAAUCAGGGCAAUGCUUGGAGGAGAUGGGCUGCAGGACGGGCUGUUCCUCGCUACCAUCGAUCAGGACGUACGGCAGUCAGAGCAUAAGUUCAUGUGGGCCGAAAACGCGCCGUCGUACCUACAUCUCCGGCAGCUCGAGCAGAGGCCGCUGAUGUAUGGCCUGGGCCCUCUGUCGAGGCUGUUGGCCCAUGCCGUGCAGAAUGCCCGGGAUUUCCGGGCGGUGCUGCAACUUCAGGACGACCUGGUGGCCUUUACGGCAAGGCUGCUCCAGCACUGGCGGGCGAACAAGCUUUCUGAGCUGGAUAGUUCGGAAGAGGACCUCUUCCUCACGCCUGAUACGCUCACCACCACGUGGCCUGCGCUCUGGAAUUUCCUCAAGAAAGUCAUGUACGCUGUCGUGGCCGUGCUCCAUGCUGUCGUCGCCCGCAGCCUCCUCGACCGGCAGCUCCGGAACCACACCACCGCGUCCGUCGUUGCUACCAAGACCCUCCACACCCUCCGCAACCUCUACUUCAUCUCCUCCCGUAACGGUAACGACGCUUUUCAAGUCUACGCCUUCACCUACCUCACCUCUCUCGACACCCUCUCCCGCUACGGCCCCGCCUCCGCCGCCUUCCUGCACUCCAUAAAACCCCCCUGCCCGUCCGUCUCCAUCCACCCCCUCGAUCGCACUCUGGACCUCUUCUACCUCAACACGGCCGAACACCUGCCGCUCAACCUCUCCGCAGCAGACUGUGACGCCCUCAUCAUCCAGCACGCAACACCGUACCUCAGCCCAGACCUACCCUCCUCCCCCUCUCCCUCUUCUUCCACCUUGUCAAUCCCAUCCCCAUCCCCUAUAGUAAGACACCUGCUCGAAGCAGCCCACAGCGCGAUCCUCUCGGUGCUCUCCUGCCCGCCGCAGCACAACACCAACCACCGCCACCCGUCAUUCACCACCACCGCCUCCGACAUCGUCCCUUUCUACGCCGACACCCUGCUGGCCUCGUUCCCGGCGCGCAUCUCGCCGCGUCAGUUCCGUCUCGCCUUCAAGACCAUCGUAAAAAUCGUGUCACAACCGCCGCCGUCGCCGUACUACGGGUACGAGCCAGCGGCGGCGGCCGGUUACGGGUUCGGGUUUGAGCUAGGCGAGGUGUUGAUGGAGAUGGUCCGGGGGAGGGUACCACUGGCGGGGACGGAUUUACUACCACAGCCACUAGAGGAGGUUGGGAGCGGUGGGACGCGGGGAGGGGAACAGCAGGAGUUGGUGUGUUCGGAGCAGAGCGUGCUUGUGCUGGCCCUGAUUGACGCGCUGCCGGUUGUGGAGGCGGGGGUCUUUGAGGAGUGGUUGGGCCUUGUGGCGGAGGCGGUGAAUCUCGUGCGGGGCGAGAGGCUGAGGGAUGGAGUGAGGAGGCGGUUCUGGGAGGUGUUGGUCAGCGGGGAGAUGGAUGUCGAGAGGGCGGCUGUUGCGGUCGCCUGGUGGGGGACGAAGGGGGGCAGGGAGAUGGUUCUGUUUGGGAGAGGGCCGGUGGUGACGAUUCCGCCGCCGCCGCCGCCGCCGCCACCCGCGCAGGGCGAGGAGUAUAUGAUGAGUGGAGCGCUUGUGCAGGGCAGGGGGGAAAGUAAAUUGUGA